AUGGACCUUCAAGAAGCUUUAGAGAUUGAAAAGAUAUCCGAGACUCGGUACAAAGGUAAGCAUUGUCUUUCUAAGCCACAUCCUACCCUUCCCGGGGUAUAUGGAGGUAAUAUGGCCGCUCAAGCAUUACUAGUUGCAAUUCGAUCAUCUCCAAAAGGAUUCACCCCUCAUUCACUCCACUCGUUUUUUCUUAAGGCAGGAUCUGACCAAGAAGUGUUUACAUGGGAAGUAGAUAAGACCAGUGAUGGGAGAACAUUCUGUAAUCGGAUUAUUAAAGGGGUUCAAAGUGAUGGAGUGAAAUAUGUCGCUACAAUAUCGUUGACUAAAAGAAAUUCAGUCAAGGGGGCAGAAAAUAGUUAUCGAGAAUAUCAAGAACAAAUCAAGAACAAUAAAGAGGAAAUUGAUAAUUUAUCACCGGUUGCCAAGCCGUUUGGGUUUGGAAGACCAUACCCCAAAUGGUUGAGUAAAUAUGAUCCAGACUCUCUCCCGGUACAUCCAAGGGUGGAUAAUCGACAAAUUGUUCAUAAACUUCCUCCAGAAAUGACUGAUUUGGAGUUAACCGCUAAGGAGGAAGAAGGAAUGCCAUUUUCAGAAAGACAAUUAUCAUUUUUCGUUAAAUGGGGUAAAAAGGAUAAUAAUGAAUUGCCCAAUUUAGAGGAGUUUAGAGUACCAGGACUUGCAGUUCUUUCAGACUCACUUUUUUUAACUAGAUUGGCUAGACUACUCCGAAUCCCCGAUCUUGACCAUACCAAUAUCCGUCACUAUUUCUCUGUUUCUUUAGACCAUAUCAUGUAUUUCCAUGAUGUAGAUUAUGAUCCUACCAAAUGGAUGGGAUUCAGUUUCAAUGCUAUGAGGUUGUCCAAUAACCGGGUGUUAUUGGAGGGAGAAAUGUACAAUGACAAGGGCCAACACGUGGUGUCUAUCAUUCAGGAAGGAUUGGUUAAAUUCGAUGGACUUGAAAAUAAGGCAAAAUUGUGA